AUGCAGUUGAAGACGCUGUUGCUCUCGUCGGCAGCUCUGCCGCUAGCCAAGAGUGAGACCGUCCUCGGUGUCUACAUCUUCCAUCGCCAUGGGGAUCGGACUCCUAAGAGUCUUGCGCCCACGAGCUUGACUGCAUUGGGCGCCGACCAAGUUUUCCAGUCUGGUAGCUACUAUCGUAGCAGAUAUGUCGCAUCCGACGCCAGCUCGCCCAUCGUAGGCUUGAGCAGCGACAUCGCCGUCCCCACACAGCUAAGCGUCAUCUCGCCCGCGGACUCCGUGCUCCAGAGCUCCGCGCUGGCCUUCCUGCAAGGCAUCUACCCGCCCGCCGGUGACAACGGCGUGUCCGUACUCGCCAACAGCUCCGAGGUCCAGGCCCCUCUGGGCGGAUACCAGUACAUCCCGGUCGGGGUAUCAUCGACGGCGUCCUCGAACCCCAACUCGGAGAACAACGAGUGGCUGCAAGGCGGGUCCGGGUGCGGCAACGCCAUGGUGAGCUCGAACAACUACUUCCGGUCGGAGGAGUACCUCGGCACGCUGGAGCGCACGCGGUCCUUCUACGGCGGGCUGCUCCCGGUGAUCAACGGGACCUUCGGCGCCGGGCAGGCCAAUUUCAAGAACGCGUAUACCAUCUUCGACCUGGUCAACGUGGCCACGAUCCACAACCAGUCCAUCCCCUCGCGGGCCCUGCUCACGGACGACGCCCUGUUCGCGCUCCGCACCCUCGCCGACGCCCACGAGUGGAACCUCGCGUACAACGCCAGCGACCCGAUCCGCGCCGUCGCCGGCGCCACCCUCGCCGCCCAGAUCCUCCAGCAGCUCGAUGCCACGCUUACCGGCCGCGGCAAGACCCCCGUCGGCGUCCAGUUCGGCGCCUACGCCUCCUUCAUGUCCUUCUUCGGCCUCGCCCAGCUGGACAAGCUGUCGGCGGAUUUCACCGGCGUCGUGGAGUACGCCUCGUCCAUGGUGUUCGAGCUCGUCACCAACGCCAGCACUCCCUCCUCUUCCUCUUCCUCUUCCUCUUCGUCUUCGUCUUCUUACCCGAACGUCGAGGACGUCUCGGUCCGCUUCCUGCUGGCGAACGGGUCCGCCGCCCAGAACGCGCCCCGCGAGUUCCCGCUGUUCGGACGCGCGCGGUCCCCGCUCCCGUGGACCGACUUCGCCGCGGAGAUGAGCAAAUUCGCCAUCGGCGACACCGCGGCGUGGUGCCGGGCCUGCGGAAACACGACGGGCAUCUGCGCGAGCGCCGCGUCUUCUUCUUCUUCUUCUUCCGACGGUGGUUCCGACGGCGAGGGUGCGGCUGCCACGACGUCCAGCAACAACAUCUCGGUCCCCGUCGCUGGUGUGAUCGGUGCUCUAGUUACGCUGGUCUUGAUCCUCGGUGUCGAAGGCCUCGUGUAUGCCCUCGCGGGCCUGAAGCUCGUUAAGAAGGCAACCCUGGCUGCUAGCGCUGCGGCUUCUGGAGCUGCGGGUGGUGCUGCGGCGGCAGGUUCGAAGGCUUGA